AUGAGCAGAGGUGCAACUUCAGCAGCUUCUAUGGAGUUUUCCGACGACCAGAGGUGCAGGUGCACCUCCUUGCGCCUGCACAGUAAAACUGCUCUAGGGCUGACCAUUCUGGAGUAUCCGGGACUCCGCUUUACGAUCCGUCAAAUACUAUACGAUCCUGGGAAAGUCUAG